AUGGACUCAGCAGACCACGGUUGGGAGUGCCGUUCCCCUGAGUGGUACGAGCAGUUCAGGGGAACCCGCCUGGCUUUUGGUGGGCCUCGGAGUGUCCAGAAGGCGAACCGCGACCUGAUGGACAACCAGCUCAACCCUCGAAGGAGACAGAGGAAGAAGAAGGGUCAGACUCCCGCUGGGCCUCAGCGAUUUCCCCCGUGCCGCCGCGGCCUCCGUGCCGCCGCGACCUCCAGCCGCUGUCGCCUCCGUGCCGCAGCGACCUCAGAGCCGCAGCGACCCCCAGCCCCAGCUCCGCCGGAGCCCUGUUCCCCUCUUGGUCCCCAGCAGCCUCUGGAGCCCCGUUCCCCUCUUGGCCCCCAGCAGCCUCUGGAGCCCCGUUCCCCUCUUGGCCCCCAGCAGCCUCUGGAGCCCCGUUCCCCUCUUGGCCCCCAGCAGCCUCUGGAGCCCCGUUCCCCUCUUGGCCCCCAGCAGCCUCUGGAGCCCCGUUCCCCUCUUGGCCCCCAGCAGCCUCUGGAGCCCCGUUCCCCUCUUGGCCCCCAGCAGCCUCUGGAGCCCCCGAUUUUCCCCCCCCGCUCCCGCGGCCUCCGUGCCGCCGCGGCCUCCGUGCCGCCGCGGCCUCCGUGCCGCCGCGGCCUCCAGCCGCUGUCGUCCCGGUGCCGCAGCGACCUCAGAGCCGCAGCGACCCCCAGCCCCAGCUGUCUCAGAGCCGCAGCAACCCCCAGCUGUCUCCGAGCCUGUUCCCCGCCCGAUCUCCAGCCGCCGGAGCCCCGUUCCCCUCUUGGUCCCCAGCAGCCUCUGGAGCCCCGUUCCCCUCUUGGUCCCCAGCAGCCUCUGGAGCCCCGUUCCCCUCUUGGCCCCCAGCAGCCUCUGGAGCCCCGUCCCCCUCUUGGCCCCCAGCAGCCUCUGGAGCCCCGUCCCCCUCUUGGCCCCCAGCAGCCUCUGGAGCCCCGUCCCCCUCUUGGCCCCCAGCAGCCUCUGGAGCCCCGUCCCCCUCUUGGCCCCCAGCAGCCUCUGGAGCCCCGUCCCCCUCUUGGCCCCCAGCAGCCUCUGGAGCCCC